CAGGUCGGGACCAGCGUGAGGUAAACAAACGUUGUGGUGGCGGCAGGCGUGUACUUGACUGUUUGAACACGCUGACGUUACACUGCAGCCAUGGUGAAACUAACUCCAGAACUUAUCCAGCAGUCUUCCCAGCACAUCAACCCACUGCGGGACCGAGAGUUGUCCCUCCGAGGCUACAAAAUUCCUGUCAUUGAGAAUCUCGGGGCCACACUUGACCAGUUUGACAUUGUAGACUUCAGUGACAAUGACAUCCGCAAACUGGACGGCUUCCCUCUCCUCAAGCGCCUCAAGACUCUGCUCUUAAAUAACAACAGAAUAGUGCGAAUUUCUGAGUCUCUGUGUGAGUCGCUGCCAAACCUGCAGAGUCUCUUCCUGACCAACAACCUGGUGCAGGAGCUCGCUGACCUGGACAGCUUGGCAGGCCUCAAAAAGCUUGAGUAUGUCUCCUUCCUAGGUAACCCAGUCACCACUCGGGACCACUACCGCCUCUACCUCAUCAACAAAGUCCCUCAGGUACGAGUGGUGGACUUUAGGCGAGUGCGAAUGAGGGAGAGGGAGAUGGCCAAGAAGCUCUUCAAGAGCAAGCUGGGAAAGGAGAUUCAGAAGGAGGCCAAGAAGGUCCGGACUUUUGUGCCAGGAGCGACGGGCACCACCGACACACGGCCUCCUAUGGGCCAGAUGAGCUCGGAGGACCAGGCUGCCAUUCGCCAGGCUAUCAGCAGCGCCCGCUCCAUGGAGGAGGUGGAGCGGCUUCAGCACAUGCUCCGCACAGGCAACAUCCCCAGCCGCUCCCAGCCCACCAGGCGACGACACCCAGACGAGGAAGAGGAAAACUGAGGUGUUGGUAUCAGCACGCAGGGAUGAAGGUGAUAGAUUCAAUUAUUUUUAAAUACAUGAGGCACUGCUACCUGUUCCUUGUAGUUUAAUUAGUGCUCAUUAGGGGUCACUUCAAUUUGGUAAGUAUAUUUUGUAACUGAAAUACUGCAAUGUUGGGCCGAUCCACCAGAUACUGGUGAUAAGAACAGAUACUUGGGUGAUGCUCAACAUGGGUACAUUAUUUGAAUUGCUCAUUUAAUUAUUGUCAUUGAUUGGUUGAGAAGCAGAUUACUACAAUUGUUUUGAAUAAAAAUUUGUCCCUUA